GAAAUAGUCAAACACGGGUGUUUUUCUCAAUGAGCUGCGACUGCGGGAGCCGCAUUCAGCCGACAUUUGCGCCGCUCUCCUUUCCUUCCCUCCUUUCCUCCCCUCUCCUUCCUCCCCCUCUCCCUCCCUCCUCUCGGGGACUGAGAAUGCCCGUGUUGUACUGACACAGUAGCGAUACGGGCUGAGCAGACAUGGAGGCCCGAUUAACGAGAGAGGCCCGUUCUGACACAUCCAGGCCCAGCUAACGGCGUGUCGGAGUGGAUUCGGGAGCAUCUCGGCAGAUAUUACGGAUACCAGUUGCUGUAAGGAAACGGGACUUUAGCAGCGAGGAAGAAGAAAUAGAGGGCGAUCCAUUUCGGGUCUCUGUUGAUUCAACGCAGCCGCCAUUUUGUUGACACACUCGGGAGAUAAAAUAUGCGGCCACCGCGUUGACGCUCAGAAGGAGGACGCAGAGCCGAAUAAUGUGAACGCCGUUUCCGGACAAUCACAGAGUUGAAGGACGGAGAAAGAGGGCUGGACAGCUAAGGAAGAGAGAGAAGCCAAAUCCAAUCAAGGAGAACUUCACCUUCACCACUGCCCCCUCCCCCCUUUCCCCCUUUCACCCCCCCAUCCCAUCCCCUGACAGAAACUAUACCUGGUGUCCAACACAUUCCCUCCCAUCUGAACCUGCGUACCCCAUAAAGUAUUGAUGGAUCAGAAAAUUCAAGGGGGAAAUGCAACCCCACCCCCUCUCCUCUCAGGUGCUCCUACGGGGGAACGAGAGAAGGAGGGAGGAAGUGGAAAGAAAGAAGACGAGGACGAAAAGAAGAGAGACAGAGAGAAGGAGGAAGUUGCUGUCGCCCCUGCUGGUGCAGGAGGGGCAGGAACAAGUGGUCCAGGAGGUGCUGGUAGUGACCAGUCGCACUUCUCCAUCAAAGAGAGCAGUCUGUCUGAGGGUAACGUCAAACUUAAGAUCGGCCUUCAGGCAAAGCGCAUGAAGAAGCCACCUAAGAUCUUGGAGAAUUAUGUGUGCCGCCCCGCCUUCAGGGCCACUGUGAGGCAUACGGGUCGUGGGGGAGGCAGUGCCCGUGGGAAUCGUGCAGGAGUUACAGGUGAUGGGUCAGGCAUUCAGAGCCACAGUCCUUUACAAGUCAGGGAAAAAGAGCGGGAGAAGAGUCCCAGCGUCACCACACCAGCUCCAACAUCUGCUGCAAUCGCCUCUUCUAAAGCUCCUACGCCACCUCCUGCUGCUCCACCUUUGGCCAGCACUAACACCCUCUCACCCUCCCAAGUGAAUGGGAAUGCUCCAGGAAAAAGGGGUCCACCAAAGAUGGAUUGCAAAUCUGAUACAAAGUCAGAGGCAAAAGCAGCUACCAACACAUCUGAAAGACCCCUUAACCUUCACCGCCCUUCAUCAGACAGCAAAAUGCAUUCAUCUGGAAAGAAAACGCCAACUCCACAACUCAAUCCCCGGACAUCUUCACCUUCACCACCACUACCGGCAUCAAAGGAAUCUAAUUUUGAAGGUGUCAAACCUCCUCAAUACACCUACAGCUCUGAAAGUCAAAAGGAUAAGGACAAAAGUGUUCAAAACUGGGGAGCACCCACAGUCACUGAGAAAUUAGCCCAACUUAUAGCGACAUGCCCACCAUCAAAGAACCCUAAGCCAGCUAAAACAACAAAGACUGACCCUGCCCCUCCUCUACCAAGCUCAGGCUUCAUGGCCCCCACAGCAAAGCAAAGAGACAGGGCCAUGGCAAAUAGGAACACAUACUCCCGAAUGGUCCAUCUUUCACCACCACCUCCUGUGUCACGACCACCUGGCCGGCCAUAUGGUUCCAGGAACAAGGACAAUAUUUUGGAAAAUUUACCAAUCCAGGCACCACUAAGGAAGGAGGACUCAGAAGGGACUGGGAAAGCCAAUAGCAGUAGCAGUAACAACGUCAGCAACAGCAGCAACAAUAGUAGUCGCAGCAGCAGCCCAGCUCUCAUCUAUGGCAAUAAUCGCCUGUCAGCCAUUUCAAAGGACAGCAACAAUGACAGCAGCAACAGUAGCAUUUCUAAGCCACAGUCACGUCCUGCUCACUGUUUAUCCCACACCACAUCUUCACCAUCCUGUCCUAUUUCAUCUUCUUCCGCCACCUCAGCUGAGCAGAGGACAGUGAGUGCAGUAAGUCAUCUGGGCGCCCCUGUUCCCUCACAAGGACAUCACGCACGAGAGAGUCCAGCCCUUGCAGAGGAAUGCAGUUCAAACGAGAGAGAGCAGGACAGGGACAGUCCCAGAGACUUAACCAAAUUGCCGUCUCCAACAGGAAAAGCAGACGGGAAAGACAAAGGGGCUAUUAACCAGUCACUGCGAGUUGAGAGGGGAAAAAGCUCUAGUCCAAGCAAGCCUAGUCCCAGCUGGGAUAGUAGCCGAUCUGGUCGGACUAGCAGUCCUCCUGAGCCUGUAAGGCAAAGGGCACCGUCUCCACUAGAGCUAGAUGAAGAUGAUGAAAGCCCACAAACACCUCUUAGAGAUGAUUCUCCUGAUUCAUCCAUAGACUCUCCCACAGAGCAGGACAGCAAGCCUCUUAAAAAACGCAGGGGAAGGAAACCACGUUGGAGCCGCAUGAUGAACAAGACACAGGGUCAAAGCAUGGACCAGGACAGUCAUUUUGACCAGAGCAAAAACAUGAUGUCUUUAUCUUCAAGCUUGGAAAUACCCUCACCACCGGUUAAAAGACCGGUGGGCAGGCCUCCCAAUCCAAAUAAGGUCAAACUAAAUCCUCAAAAUCCAGUGUCACAGAUCUUCCCACCUCAGCCUAGGAAAAGAGGAAGGCCAAAGUCGAAAAUGCCUAGGCUUGAUGGCCCUGCCCAUGGACACCUGUCUAAUAAGCUGGCCCCUUCAAAGGUGUUUUCUUCUUUACUCAAGUCCAAGGAAGAGCAGGAUCCCCCUGUUCUUCACCCAGAGGUAGACCUGAACCCCCCUAAACCUAUGCCUAGAAAACGUGGACGUCCCAAGCGCCUUCCCCCUACCUUACCACAGGAAGGCCAGCCUCCUACGUUGGCUCCAGAGGCUGGGGACAUGGGAGAUAAACGGUUCCGCAAUAAAGGAAAUGGGCAGCUUAUUAUGAAGACUCUUAUAGGAAAGAUCAACAAAAUGAAAAGUGUGAAACGUAAGCGCAUUCUUAGUCAAAUCCUGUUAGGUCCAAGAACAGAAGACACCCCUAAAGGUCCCACUAGUGGUGUCGGGGGCUCUGUGGAAUCUGCUACACAGUCACUAUCUUCCCUGGCUGCUUCUUUUGGGGGAAAACUAGGGCCACAAAUUAAUGUCAGUAAAAAAGGCACAAUAUACAUGGGUAAGCGAAGAGGCCGCAAACCAAAAGCAAUGACUAGUGCCACAGCUACAUCAUCACCUGAACCUUUCCUGUCCCCGAAUACCACAUCCCCACUCCAUCACCAUCACUCACAGUCCCAUCAGCAACACCAGCUGUCCUCUUCAGAGGUCUUCCCUUCCCCUUCCCUCUCACAGUCUAGUGGAGGCCACAGUCCUAUCAGUGAUGCCAGCUUUAUAGAACCAGGCUCAGUGCACUUUGCUGGCCAUGCUCACUAUUCUAACCCCCAUCAUAGCCACAGCACAUUCUCCUUUCCUCCCCCAACCUUUUCAGUGCCCAAUCCUCGCAACCCCGGGCUGGGAUCUACAUCAUCAUUGAUGUCUACAGCAGCUUCCCAGAAAAAGGCGUCUUGUCGGGGAUACCAUCACCACCACCACCAUUACAGGCAGCACUACCAUUAUCAUAAGCUUUCCCCUCCAAGGCCACUUCACCCCACCUCACCGGCCCCUCUCAGUGAGCUAAAAGAAGCCACGCCAUCACCAGUCAGUGAGUCACACAGUGAGGAGACGGUGCCCAGUGACAGCGGUAUAGGAACAGACAAUAACAGCACCUCAGACCGUGGUGAGAAAGCAGGAGGGACAGGCUUGGGUGGAAUUGGGAUGCCUCCUGGGUUGGGGAGUGGAUUAUUAAUGCCUGGGGUCAUCAAUUCAACUUUGGGUCCAGGGAUGGGACUAAAUUCCAGAGGCAGGCGGCGACAUUCAGCUGUACUUGUUGAACAUCCCUCACCCUCUCCAUCACCCCAUGGGACAAGGUCAUCACCUGAUCCCAGGAGACCUCAUCCAACAGCUCCUGCCUCUUCCUUAAUGGGACACAAGGAAAAACACAAACAUAAAUGUAAACGGCGCAAUCACGGAUGUACUGGCUAUGACAAACUAAAGAGACAGAAAAGGAAACGCAAGAAGAAAUACUUGCAACUGCGGGCACGCCGACAUGACCCAGACUUUCUUGCUGAGUUGGAUGAAAUUGUUGUGAGACUAAGUGAAAUACGGAUUGCACACCGUACCACAGGACAUCGGCUUGGCAGUGGAAUAGGCAUAGCCGCAGGAACAAGCAGAGUCCCAGGGGUAGGGAGCAGGGCCAGUGCUGGUAUAGGUGGCACCGGCAGCCCUCCACCACAUCAUUAUGUCCACAGAGACCUUCUGCCUACAAUUUUUAGGGUUAACUUUGGCAGCUACUACUCCCAUCCUGCCUACUCAUGUGAUCCACUGCACUAUGUUCGUAAACCAGACAUGAAGAAGAAACGGGGUCGACCUCCUAAACUUAGGGAGUCUAUGUCAGAGGUUCCUUUUGUACCUGGACUUGGAUUCCCACUUUCUAGUGGAGGAUUCUACCACCCCUCUUACAGUGUUCCUUACUCCUCUGGGCCCCUGGGGUUGGGCUAUUACAGAGGCUUUCCUGCAGCUAGUGCUCUGUAUCCCCACCCACACCACCAGACACCUCACACAGCCCCGUCCCAUCACUCUCACCACUCACCGUCUUUUCCCCCUCCUCCUCCCACAUCUUACAUGCAUCAUCACCACCCUUCACAUCUCCUGCUAAACCCCUCUAAAUUUCACAAGAAGAAACAUAAGCUGCUCCGGCAGGAGUACCUAGGAGGAGGGAGGUCUCCUGUUCUGUACCCACCCAUGUCUUCUGAGCUUUCAUUCAACUGGCACCACAAACACAAACACAGACACAAACACAGAGAGCGUUGUUCUGAAGAGGACAGAGAGGAGGGAGCAAGAGGUGGCUCAGCGAGCCGAGCUAAUGCAGGGAUUUCAGACAGUGGAGCAUCUGGGAAAGAGAGAGUUGGCAAUUUGGGAAUGGCAGAGCCUUUGCAGCGAUGCCGGUUUGGACGGGAAACAUCUAACGCCAGUGCCAGCAAACAAGCGGCUGCCACUUCUGCCAAUUCUCCUUCUUCUUCCUCGUCGUCAUCUGCAGAAAGAUAUAAACGCAAAGAGAGCUCCCUGUCCUGCCUAGGGCCCUCCAGGCUCGCGCUGGGCAGUAGUUCAAAAGGUCACCCAGUAGAGUCCUGGUUCAGGAUGGGCAGCUCUGAGGCAGACUACUCUAAACUUUCACGAGGUCACGUGGCACCUGGCCAGGGUCCCUUCUCAAACGGACAGUCUGAAGACCCACCCGUUUGCUCCGACAGUGAGGAUGAGGAACCACUUACCCCUAGAGAAGAUGUAGAGACUGGAGCCCAUGACUCUCCAAACCUUACAAAUCUGUUUGCCUCUGCUCUUACCCGGACUACGUUAAAGGCUGGCAGGAAUAGGAAGACUGAGGCAGCCCCGGAGAGCUCCAGCUUUUCUCGCAUGGACCGGCCGAUGAGGAAGGACCGGUCAACAUCAUCAGAGAGGAGAGAUUUAGGGUCAUCAGGUAUACAGACAAGAGGUGUGGCCGUCUCAGCCUCUGAGGGGCCGGAAGGGUCCCUACACCACCGACAGCAACACCAUCACCAACCUUCUUUGUUUCACUCCUCCUCCUGCCUCUCCCCCUCUCAGGACUGUUGCCUGGAUGCAUCUCUUCCCCACCAUGCCCAUCGGGCACAGUCAUUCAAACACAGCCUUCACCAUGUCAAUAAAAUCUUACGUGCCAAGAAGCUGCAGAGACAGGCUCGUACAGGUAACAAUGUGGUGAAGAAGAGAGGCCCUGGACGUCCCAGGAAACACCCUUUACCCUCCCCGCCUCCAUCCCCACCUCCUGUUCUUGAAAUGAAUCAGAACAGACAGAGAGAAAGAAUGGGAGAACGACCAGUGGCUGGUAGGGGACGAGAGGGAGAUACAGUGACAGACGCAAUUGAGUCCGUCGUUCAGGGCCAGCACAGAAAAGGUCAGAAGAGGAAGCACUGGGGGGAGGGAGAAGGGGAUGAGGAAGAAGAGGACGAAGAAGAGGACGGGGAGGUAGAAGAAACUGAGGAGCAUUUAACAAGUAGAGAAGAGAACCUGGGAAACCUUGUGGCGAGGUCCACAACAGGGACAGCAAGAAGCUGGCUUACACAGGAUGAGCUCCAGCGCUUUCGUAGCUCCAUGGAAAGCAAGCCAGAUGGCCACUGCUCCCCAGAACGCCCAGGCACCGUCUCCAGGGAACAAGCUCCACCCAUUCCCAUACCCAGCCAACGGGAAAAGCGAGCAGCUAGACCUCCAAAGAAGAAGUUUCAGAAAGCAGGGUUGUAUUCUGACGUGUACAAGACUGAAGACCCCCGAAGUCAGCUUCUUCAACUAAAAAAAGAGAAGCUAGAAUACAUACCUGGGGAACAUGACUAUGGGUUGUUUCCAGCUCCUAUACAUGUUGGGAAGUAUCUGAGGCAGAAACGUAUUGAUUUCCAGUUGCCUUAUGACAUCUUAUGGCUGUGGAAACAUGAUCAGCUUCACAAGAGGCCUGAUGUUCCGCUUUACAAAAAGAUCAGAUCAAACGUAUACGUAGAUGUGAAGCCUCUCUCUGGUUAUGAAACAACUACCUGCAACUGUAGACUUCCUGACAGCUCAAAUGAAAAGGGCUGCCUGGAUGAUUGUCUUAACAGAAUGAGCUUUGCUGAGUGCUCACCCAGCACCUGUCCAUGUGGUGAUAAGUGUGACAACCAGCACAUCCAGAGACAUGAUUGGGUGCAGUGCCUGGAACGAUUUCGUGCUGAGGGCAAGGGCUGGGGCAUCCGCACCAAGGAGCCCCUCCGCUCUGGGCAGUUUAUCAUUGAGUACCUGGGAGAGGUGGUUAGUGAACAUGAGUUUCGGAGCCGUAUGAUGGAGCAGUAUUUCUCCCACAGUGGCCACUACUGUCUGAACCUAGAUAGUGGCAUGGUGAUUGACAGCUAUCGAAUGGGCAAUGAAGCUCGCUUCAUAAACCACAGCUGCGAACCCAACUGCGAGAUGCAAAAGUGGUCGGUGAAUGGGGUUUAUAGAAUUGGCCUCUUUGCCCUCAAAGAGAUCAGCAGUGGUACUGAGCUCACCUACGACUACAACUUCCAUUCUUUCAAUACAGAAGAGCAGCAAGUGUGUAAAUGUGGCUCUGAGAGCUGCCGGGGAAUCAUCGGAGGGAAAAGCCAGCGUAUUAACGGCCUGCCUGGAAAGACAGGAGGGAUUCGGCGGCUGGGACGACUUAAGGAGAAGAGAAAAUCCAAACACCAGCUCAAGAAACGAGAGGAAGAUUCAAGUGACAGCAACAAGUUUUACCCUCAUCUCAUGAAGCCCAUGUCCAACAGAGAAAGGAACUUUGUCUUGAAGCAUCGAGUGUUUCUCCUGAGGAACUGGGAGAAGAUGAGGGAGAAACAGGAGCUGCUAAAGAGAGAGGGGGAGAGAGAGCGAGACCCCGGCAGCCUGUCAUUGUAUACACGCUGGGGUGGAGUCAUCCGCGAUGAUGGCAACAUUAAGUCGGAUGUGUUCUUGACGCAGUUCUCAGCGCUUCAGACGUCACGCUCAGUUCGCACACGAAGACUCGCUGCCGCUGAGGAAAACACAGAAGUUACGCGCACUGCUCGCCUCGCACACAUCUUCAAGGAGAUUUGUGACAUGAUAACCAGCUACAAAGAUUCAUCUGGCCAGACACUUGCUGCUCCGCUGGUGAACCUGCCAUCACGGAAGAGGAACAGCCAGUACUACGAGAAGGUGUCUGAUCCUCUGGACCUGAGCACAAUUGAGAAGCAAAUUCUUACUGGCCACUACAAGACUGUUGAAGCUUUUGACACGGACAUGCUCAAAGUGUUCCGCAAUGCUGAGAAAUAUUACGGCAGAAAGUCAUCCGUGGGCAGGGACGUGUGCAGGUUGAGGAAAGCGUACUACAGCGCUCGCCAUGAAGCUGCGGUUCAGAUUGAUGAGAUUGUGGGCGAGACCGCUAGCGAGGCCGACAGCUCGGAUUCGUUGGAGAGGGACCACGGCCACCACCACGGAGGGAGCGGACUGGGGUCUCAUAACAAGGACGACGAUGUCAUCCGUUGCAUUUGUGGCAUGUACAAGGACGAAGGUUUAAUGAUCCAGUGUGAAAAGUGCAUGGUGUGGCAACACUUUGACUGCAUGCGGCUGGAAACAGAAGUGGAGCACUACUUGUGUGAACAGUGUGAUCCUCGGCCCAUAGACAGGGAGGUUCCCAUGAUUCCACAGCCCAGCUAUGCCCAGGCUGGAUCAAUCUACUAUAUCUGCCUCCUUAGAGAUGAUCUGUUGCUACACCAAGGUGACUGUGUGUAUCUGAUGAGAGACAGCAGGCGCACGCCCGAGGGCCAACCUGUCAGACAGUCCUAUCGUCUCCUGUCGCACAUCAAUCGAGACAAACUCGACAUCUUCCGAAUUGAGAAACUUUGGAAGAAUGAGAAGGGUGAAAGGUUUGCCUUUGGGCACCACUACUUCCGUCCCCAUGAGACGCAUCAUUCUCCAUCACGGCGGUUCUACCAGAACGAGUUGUUUCGUAUGCCACUGUAUGAGAUCAUCCCCCUGGAGGCAGUGGUGGGAACCUGCUGUGUCCUUGAUCUCUAUACCUAUUGCAAAGGACGGCCGAAAGGUGUCAAAGAGCAGGAUGUGUACAUCUGCGAUUACCGCUUGGACAAGUCUGCCCACCUGUUCUACAAGAUCCAUCGCAACCGCUACCCAGUCUGCACCAAGCCAUAUGCCUUCAACCAUUUCCCCAAGCGGCUCACUCCCAAAAGGGACUUCUCGCCUCAUUAUGUUCCUGACAACUACAAGAGGAACGGAGGCCGCUCGGCCUGGAAGACUGAACGGCCCAAAGGAUCUGGAGGCUGUGAGGAUGAAGGCUCUUCUUGUGAACGGGGUGAAGAUUUCCAACCUGAGGUGGAAGAUGGGAGGCAAAUGGAGGAUGACAUGGACAUAGCUCCAGAGGAUCCUGAACUUGUUUCAGUAAAGUCCAGAGCAGACCAGGUAGGUGAUGGAGAUGGAGAUGGCGAUGAAGAUGAAGAUGAGGAGGAAGAUGAAGGACAGGAGAAUGAGGAGCCCAAACAGCUGGAGGAGGGUUCCACGGAGAGGAUAGGAGAGAUGCUCGAACUUCCAUCCUCGUCUGCCGCCUCCUCACCAUUGCACCUCCCAACUCUGGGUAGGAGAGAGGCCCAGAGAGAACGACUGAACAAAAUUUUGCUGGCUCUUCUGCACAGAACUCCCAGCAAGAAUGGUGAGGGCCCGGGAACAAAGCAGGGGGCAAUAGAUGUCACCUAUCUCCUGGAGGAGGGCGCAGGGCGACGGCUACGGCGACGCACGCUUGGAUUCUGUGAUUUUUUGGGAAGAAAAUAAUGUUGCCACAUGCCUGUCAAGCACACCGCCUUUCACGUAUGUGAGCAGGAGGCAGAAAUUGGAGUGACAGCAAAAAGGGAAAUGAGCAUUGUUAGUUGUCCAGCUAUUAAGGAUCACAAUGCAUCCCUGGGGGUCUCUUCCAGUUUACCUCUUCUGACACUAUAAUCUCAACUCUGAGAGGGUGGAGGGGGGUUGGAAGCGCUGACUCCACAGCAAUUUUAGAGUUCUUAAGGAGUGCGUCGAGAGCGCUGACCCAGACUUCUUGCUUAUUUAAGUAGUUGGAUGCAAAACUUGUUUUUAUGAACAUAGGAGAAUUAACCCAUGCACUUAAAUGCAUUGAACAUUACAAGCAUGGGUGGAUGAAUUCCACUAGCGAGCAUCAGAAAUGAAACAACUGGUACUGAAUAGGGAUAGACAGAGUGACGGAUGAGUAGUCAUUUGAGUCAGUGGGGAUUCAUAUGCUGGAGAAUUGUUCCCCCUAGCGGGGCGUAGCUGCAAUGACAAAAUGUGACAGAUGAGCAAAGAUCUGCGCUGGGACCGCCGGGGCAAAAUGGCGUAGAAGAAAUGUAAGUUGAGCGGUGUGCUCAGAUGCUGCUCAUGAAGAAGAGAGAACGAGGGUGGCGAACUGCACUUUUGGUACCAUGGAUAUUGUGAAGCUCUGUGUAAUGUAUCUAUAAUGAAAACACACUAACACUCUCACAGUAUUGGAUGAUGCAGUCUGAAAAAAGUGAGUUAAAAAGUCUAUUAUCUUUUUCCUGUUAUACUGUAGUAACUCAUUUAGGAACAAAAGAGGCCGGGGUGUGUUUGUUUCUAGAGUAACGGGCGGGGAGGGCAGAUUGAGUGUGUGCUUUUGUCAGUCAAAGUGUCUUGCUGAGGUUUUAAAAAUGUUAUUUUCUCGUGAGGCAGUCAGCUUCGCCCCUUUUUUGAAGUAACAUGAUUCACCAGCUUAACUAAAUCAGGCGUGUGGGUGGGACACCGGCUUCAACUGUAACGCCUUACACAGCCGUGCUCUCCGACUGCCUUGCGUGCAAGUGUGUGCGCAAGUACACAUUUACUAUGUGUCUGUACUCUGCCAGAUUUCUUGAAGAUAUACCUUUUUAAAAAAAUGAAAAAAAUAAGGGCUUGAUGGCAAUUAACAGUUUUAAGAAAACUAUGGAAAACAAUACUUAACAUAAAAUGUAUCGUGAUGGUCAUAUUUUCUUAAUAUUCUGUGAUAUGGGUGGGGCGGUGUAUACUGUAUAUUGGGAGGGGCAGGGCCUUAAGAUCCUUUUUUUGUCUUUAGACUACGUUUCUGGUUGCCAUGGAGAAUGUUUUAAAAAUAAAUUGUGAUAUUUGAUGAGAUUUCUUUCCCCCCCCAAAUGCCUCUGCUAGUAAAGGGACAGUCUGCAAUGCCCCAGAGCGUUAAACUGACAGAAGUGACAAGAAUGAGACACUGACGGGGAGAGAGAGCGAGAGAACGUGGACAGGAAGCUGUACAGUGCCAAGUUAUGUAAAUAUACACACUUUACAUUGAGAAGUGUCUCCAAAAGCAAUAUCUUGAAAAUUAAUUUGUUUAUUAUUGUACUGUACAGGACUCAGCCCUAAAUGUAUUAUGAUUAUUAUAAUGAUGAUAAUAUAAUUUCUUCCGUUUGUAUUACUAUAAUGAAGACACUUAAACCUGGAGGAAAUAAUUUUUUUUAAUGUCCAGAAAAAUCUCACCAUUACUGUCUUGAUGACCUGAAAUUCCUGACCCGAGUUUUGUUUUGUUCCUAUAAAUGAAAGUCAUCUAUGUACUGCAUGAGCAAGAAGAAUGUCUUACAGACACAGAAGGCAUUGGGACAUGACAGUGACACAGCAACGACACCUUUGUCACUGAAUAUUGUUAAUAAUAUUACUUUUAAGGAGAAAUGUACUCCUUGUUUUUUGCUGCAAAGUGUUGAACACUAAAAAAACAAACCAACAUAAAAAUGUUAUGAUAUUUUUAAAUGGUGACAGAAACAAAAGUAGAGCUGUCAGCCCAUUAUCAUGUUAUUAUUUUUGUUUUUCAAAUAGGAAAUGGUUCUGUUUUGUGAUAGCAGUCAUUGUAUGAUGCUUGUACUUGUAUUUGUGUGUUUUGUGUAAUUUGUUUAGUUAUUUUUAGACAAUCACAAAAUAAGAUGCAAGCAUUGUAAAUGGCAGACUGGUGGACAUUUUGUGAUGUGUACAGUUUGUCAAAAAACUUCUUCCACUCGUUAAAGGUUUGUAAUUAUGAUUCUUAAGUCAUGAAAAAUGCUGUUGGUUUUUACUUUUUGUUUUAUAUUUUUUGUUUUUUGUUUGUUUGUUUUUUAAUAAAAAGCACUACAUUAUUGUGAA